AUGGAGAAAGGAGGCAAGAAAACAACCUAUAGGAAAGCCAAGCCUUCGCGGCGAAGGAAGGACUCAUCGGAACAGGGUCUGCGGACGGCCGGCGCAAACGGUAAUACGGAGACCCGUGCGAACGGCGGUGGUGGCGGUGGCGAGAGUGCCCGAGGAGGAGGUGACAUGACGGCGCGCACGGCUCGGGGUGGUUCGGCGAAUAAGUCGCAGGAGAAGCGUCCGGCUGUGAGUCCGAGUGAGCAGGGGGGAAAGAAAGCGACGAAGAGCAAAGUCCCGGCGGCCGCAACUAAGCGUAAGGCGGCCCAGCCGGCGCCGAAGAAGGCCGGCAAGGGGGGAUACAGUCCGGUCAAGAGCUUGUCAGGAGGUUACGGAGGGCCAGGGGGUUACGGGGGACCAGGACCUGGUCUUGGGGGCUAUGGGCCAGGACCCGGUCCUGGGGGCUAUGGGUCGGGGCCAGGUGGCUAUGGGCCUGGGCCAGGUCCAGGGGGCUAUGCGUCUGGUCCAGGAGGCUAUGGUUCAGGGGGAAUCGGUAAAGGUAUCACCGGUGGCUUCCCGGCCAAGUACAAAGGGAUGCAAAAAGGGUCCAGUAGCGCCGAGUUCUCCGACAUCCUAGCUAAACUCGCCCAAAUGGAAGAAGGCAUGCCACUCGACCCAAACCCUCUCGGCGCCCUGCUCUGUCCCGGCAGUUUCCAGUCAGGCUCUUUGGACGCCCGGCCCGAUUUGGACCCCCGUCCUGGCCUGAACGCCCGUCCUGGUUCGGACGCCCGACCUAGUUUGAACGCUCGGUCAGGUUCCGGAGGCGGCUCCGACCCGCGGCCGGGUCGUGGCCAGAACGGGAACCGGCCCACGAGGAACUUGGACGCAGAUGCCAUGGCAAGCACACUUGACAUCCAGAAGUUGCUGGAUACUUUUCUGGCUGAGACGGGGCACGUGCCUUCUCCGACGAUUUUGAGGCCGUCCGAGCACCGUGAGUCGCUGGAGCUCUCGUCGCUCGAGGCUCCGUCUUUGGAGGCCCCGCGGAACGCCUGUCGGGCUUGGCCCGAACGCGAAUUUGACCCCUACUUGGUCACGCGCAAGACCGACCCCACAGGCGGCUACCAACCCGGUUUGGCGCAGCUGUCUGAAGCGCCGCGCUUCCACGACACCUCGCUCUUCACCCACCCCCGAUCCGUCGCUCGAGAAGGACCGCAUGACGGACUGCUAGCACAUGAAGGCUUGAUGGAGCGUGAAGGCUUGAUGGAACACGAAGGCUUGAUGGAGCGAGAAGGUUUGAUGGGGCGCGAGGGUUUGAUGGGACGCGAGGACCGGACUACAUACAUUGCCCACGUCCCGCCGCCUCCCCUGCGGUCGAGCAUGCCGGCGUAUGGGUCGAACGAAGGACGCCAGCACCUCCCCUUCCCAGACCCCGGACUGGGCGUUCCUCUACCGGGCCAGCAGCUGCCGGGCGUGCAACAUCUGCCAGGUGUCCAGCAUAUGCCGGGAAAGCAUCUGCCAAGUGUCCAGCACUUGUCCGGAGCGCAGCAGUUGUCGGGGGUGCAGAUACUGGGUCCUUCAUUGGCGCCACCUGCGCGGUCUGCGGAAUCGUCGGAAGGACAAUCGUCAGAGGAGGAGCUACUGUUGGGUCCGCCUCCGGGGAUUACGGGAGCGGUAAACCUGACGCCGUUGUUACCUGCGCGGAAGGAGCGUAGCGAGGACCUAUUGCGACGGGUAGAUCCGACGUCAGUACCUCGGGUGGUCGCUCCGGCGACGAUUGCGCCAGACGCGGAGGAUAAGAAGCUGCUAGACUACCAGACCGCUUUCCCUUCACUCGAAUGCGGCGCCGCGGCCUCCUCCUCGCAGAACGUGCGUCCGCUCACACAGAAGGACAAGGAACUCAGCUACCCAGCUGACUGGCUCUCCGUACCAUCCACCGUCGACUCCGACGGUCUCUGGAUGACCGAAAAAGAAAUUGGCUACGUCACGCGACAACAGAUCGCUAAGAGCACCCGCGCACAGACCGACUUAUCCAGACCCAAGACAAUAAGCUCCGAUCUUGUUGGCCCACAAGGUGUGGCACAAGGUGGAAGGCCGGGCUCUGGGUCGGGACCGCAGGUCGUCAGUCCUACCGGUUCGGGCCAGCAGGUUGGUUCGGAGACACGAGCGCCUGAGGGUAGUCCGUUGACGAGCCAGGGCCGGAACGCGGACGUAUUGGAGUUCGUGUGCAGCACUCCUGCCCGGGGCUGCGUCUGUCACCUUUUGAAAUCCGGGGGUUUCGGAGUCUGCGGCAGCCGGUUCUGCGCUACCGCGGGAGGCAUACCGCCGCCGCCUGAGAUGCACCGCGCUGUAGCCGCUCGCAUCAAACUUGCUCACGAUGUCGAGUCGCCAGAGGAAGCCUAUCUCGUUCUUUGCGGCCUGGCCGCCCAAGGCCAAGGCCGUAUAGCCCAAAGUCCCCAAGGAGUUGCUGAACAAGACAGCGACAAUACAAUCGGCGACAAUGCAAUGGUCCGGGACACAGUCCCUAUCCCUAUAACCGGCCUAUGGGCCGGGUGCCCUCCACCAGCCCUGGUCGAGGUCGACCUCUUGGAGUUGGGAUCGCGGUUGGUGGACCUGUCGACUAAAGAGCAGGGAUUGGUGGUGCUGGUGGACAUGUGGUUGUACAUGACGGCAAAUCGUCACCGUGGGGCACACCCCAUAUUUCUAGCUAUUCUGAGGAACAGCGCUUUAUUCUCGAUCAUUUGUGUCAAUGUGAAUGAGGAGACAGAAUUAUGCACACAACUCAAGUUGGCCCUGGAAAUGCAGGACUUUAAUUCGCUGGUUUACGAACUGGAGCUCGUCGCCACCGAUUGGGUCCGACGGGGAGCAGCCAUGACCAAGCUCGGCAUGCUGUGUCUCCUCGCGGUCCUGCACCAAGUGAAACGAGACUUGGGCCUUAGUGCUUGCCGCAUGAUCUACGAAGGCAUCGUGGACAACCUCGUCCGCUCCUCCAUGGGAACCACCAACAUCUCCUCGGGAGUGUUGAAACACGCACUGCAAAUCCACCCGGCCCUUCCCGCCACGCUCAGCUCUAUUCUCGUGCUGAGCAUGAUGACCGCCGUCUGCCUCUCCAACCCCUACCUUGGCUGCCAGGAAAGGAGACCGCCACCCGUGCUAGCCAACGCACCUCUAACCGACACUUCUGCGUUUCGGUUGCUGUACCGGUUGCUAGCUCUGAGUGCUGUGAACACAAUGGACUCAGCUUCGUCGCAAGAUACGCGGUUCGAAGGCUCUAAGGCUUUCCUGAAAUCCUCGUUGAGGACUGUUGGCAAAGACAAUUUCUGUGCAUCUGCCAUACAUGAAGCGGCGGCUCAGUGCCAGCAUUUUGCGUCGGCUGAAGGAUUUAUUCUGUGGUUGUGCGGUUCUUGA